UGACGUUUACUGUCACUGUGUAUACAUAACACACCGCGGUGUGUGUUUUUCUCCACAAUCCGGCCAGGAGCAAAAUUUUCUAAACCAACGGAAAGGAAAAACCAACCAAAAACUCAGCAAAAACCUCCCGUUCCGCCUUUAACUUCCAUCAAAGACAGAGCCACUCACACCACCAUGGUGACUCUGCUCGUAAACACACUCAAACGGCUCGCCCUCUCGGAACGUGGUUCCACCGGUGCAGCCCUACGGCUCGUUACAGCCGCCAGCCUACACACCGGCAACCCGCUGGCCAAAAACUGGAACGGCAACAAUACCGGACCGCAACGGUGGCUACAGUACAACAAGGUUAUCCAUCCGCCACAGCUUCCGGAUGAGGAACCGCGCCCCGCCUACGUCUGCCACCAGAAGACCAACCUUAAGUACAGCCCGAAAAAGAUGUGGUACGUGGCGUCGUUCGUCCGUGGUAUGUCGGUGGACGAAGCAGUGAAGCAGCUGUCGUUCAUCGACAAGCAGGGUGCCGCCUUCGUGAAGGAAGCCAUCCUCGAAGCGGUCGAAAUGGCGGUCAAGCGUCACAACGUCGAGUUCCGGACGAACCUUUGGGUGGCGGAAUCGUUCUGCGGGAAGGGUCGCGUGUUUAAGGGUUUGCGGCGCCAUGGCCGCGGCCGAACCGGUGAGGUCGAGUACAAACACUGCCAUUACUUUGUCCGGCUGGAGGAAGGAUCACCACCGGCACACUACUAUCAACCGGCACCGAAAACGGGCGAACAGCAGCUGGCCGAAUGGGAAGAAUCGAUGCGAAAGCGCAAGGUGACUGGUUCGUUGUAGAGAGUGUGGGACGCGCUUAAUAAAGCUCGAUAGCAAAACAGGCUGUUUUUAAUCUGUGUA